AUGGAGGAAUUCGGAUUCAAAUCCAACUCUGAAAAGAGGCGUGAGAAUUUGGAAUUAAUGAUUGAGACUUUGGAGUUAAUCAUUGCGAAAUUGAAGUUACUUCAUGAGAAACCUCGAAUCGCCCGCAGAUAUAGCACUACCGGUUGUCCCUCGAAUUCCUCAUUACCGAUUUACAACAGUAGCAAAUCUCAGAUUAGCCGUAGGCAAAGCACUGCCGAUCUACCCUCGAAAGCUUUGUGGUCGAAACCACAGUAUAAACCAGCCUCUUUAGUGGGUAUCACUCCCGAAAUUCGCCUCAUGAUCUAUGAUCACAUUCUCCUCCCAUCUGAGUUUGACGUAAUGUGUUCGAGUUGUCAUCCUUCGAAAUGUUGCCUUGAACUACCUGAACGUUGUGCAACCAACAACUUGUCAAGAAAGACGUUUAAAUCACCGCUGUUGCGAGUUCACCCGAGAAUUUAUCGAGAAGUUAAGGAACUUUUAUGGAAUCGUGCUAUCUUUGGACUUGGGUGCAUCAAUAAUGCACAUAAGUCACUCGUAUCUAUGAGUUGGAUCUCUCGUAGACUCAUCAGAAACAUCGAAAUAACUUUACAAUUCGAUUGCCGCUUUCAAAUUGAUCUGUCAAACAUGUCCAAAUCAAUCUCAACGAUGAACGCAAUGGCUCGAGAUGGACUUUUGCAAUCUAUAACUAUCAUUAUACCGCCUUUCCAACUUAAGCUUAUUCUGGAAGAGAAAUUGAAUGGCAAAUUCCAGUUUGAUCAAUUGCGAUCGCUCGGUAGUGCACGAACUUGGUCAUGCAAAAUGAUUAUAAGAAUACUAUAUUCCGAAAGUUACAUAGAUCUUCUCGAUCAUAUUUGUAUGCCCCUAAAAUACAAUUUUCGGAAUAUUCCUAAGGAGAAGAUUAUUCAAAUCUACAAAGAUUUGUUUGAGGAGUUAAAUCAGGCUUGGGGUGGAUCACUUUAUCUUGCAGAUACGUUGGUUUGGGAGAAUGGCCGUCAUGUCUACAGAGCUCCCCCAGCAAGAGUGGGUGCUCCAAAACCACUCUUCGAGUUCAUCAAGAGAAUUCAGUGA